AUCGCUGAAGAAACACAAAGUAUCAGUGCACUCAAUUUGUGUCUUAACUUUCAUAGUUGAUGAGAAAUCGCUUCCGGUAUUCAAAACUUUGAAACGGAACUAGUUUAAGUUUCCAACACGCCACCAACGAACCGUUUUUGAGAACACCAGUCCUUGCUUAAGCUUCCACCUGAGCUAUCGCCAUGAAAAAUUCAAUCUUUAAAGAAAAGUUCAUAGCAACAAAUUUUGUGAAACCUCUCUACAGAGUUAGAUUCACUAAAACUCCCAAUGAUGUUGACAUAACUAAUCUAGUCGGCGAUGCCUACUCGUGCGAUUUGACUAAAAAUGUGCCUAAUGUUACAGUUAAAGAAACUCAAAAAUAUAGGAUAUUACCGGGUGCGUGUGAGGUUUACAAUCAUUAUGAUUUAAAAUGUGAUAGAAGUUACAAUAUGGAAGAACGACACGAUAAUAAUGACGCUUUAAGUGAUGCUUUGCGACCUGUUACUAAUAGUAAGCUCAAAGGAAGAGAUGGAAAGAAACACAUAUCGUUUAGUGAUUCUUUGGAUUUGGAUUUAGAUGAUGAUAACGGAGAAACUUGGCUCCGAGUUCGCCCGGCCCCCGUGUUGCCGGACGAAAGUAUCGGCUCCAUUUUGUUCAGAUUCAUGGCUUGUCAACUGGGCAUUACUACUUUCAUCAUCAUCUGGACCGCUAUCUGGGUGGCCGUGAUACACUCAUACGAAGGACCGAAUGAAAACUUAGUAAAUGAAGAAUAUGCAAGGCAACAAAACCAGUUAGUUAUCGACUUGGCCACAGAACUUCGCUUGAUAACUCCAGUCUCCCCUAAAUGGCAGAAGGCCAUAACGACCCGCGUGGAGGAGGCGCGCGAGCAGACCAUGCUGGCGGCGGGAAGGGGGGCCAAGUUGGACCCCGGCCGCUACUGGAACCUGGCUGGGACCUUUCUGUUCACUGUCUUCGUCAUGACUGCUCUAGGUUUUGGCGCUCCUGUGCCGCAGACCAUAGCAGGCCGGUGCUUUGCUCUUCUUUACGCAGUGUUCGCUAUCCCUUUCCACGUUUAUCUCAUGAUGCAAGCUAGCACUUGCGCUGUGGCCCACGUCAACCAUUACUUGGCGCUGUGCCACAAGAACAUCAGAGGGCCAAAAUUAACGCCUCGCGCCGAUAAUGACGGUAAAACAAAUAUGCAUGUGAAGGCGUAUCGAAGACGAAAGAAGCUAAGUCGUAUAGUGGCCGUGCUAACAGCAGGCCACUGCGUCCCGAUAGCCAGCCUGUUGUACUACGUGACCGGAGUGCUCAUUUUCGGCCUCGGCCGGUACCAGGAGACGGAAACCGUUGACGUGUUGAUGUUCCCCUUGCAGUUUACCACUAAUGGCGGGCUGUCUUCGGUGGAGUCCCACUUCCGCGUGAUGUACGGGUUUUACGUGGAAGGAGCCAUGGCGCUGCUAACAUGUUCCUUAGCUGCCCUUCGGCGGUAUAGCGGGAACUCGUUCAAUAACAUGACCGAGAAAUACCGCUUGUUUACGAAAGGCUGA